AUGGGUGGUAGAAAGAGAAGGAAAGUGCAAUUGUUAUCUGUGAGAGUGGUGGAUGAUAAAAGAACAAUAACAAAGAAUAAGAAAGCAAAGUUGGAAAUGCAAACUUGGUCUGAUCUUCCCAUAGAACUUCUGGAACUGAUUCUGUGUCGUUUGUCACUAGAGGAUAAUAUCCGUUCCUCUGCUGCUUGCAAGAGAUGGAACACUGCUGCCAUUUCUGUCAGAGUGGUAAACCAAUCACCGUGGCUUAUGUAUUUUCCAAAAUUCGGUAACAUGUAUGAGUUCUAUGAUCCAGCUCAGCGCAAGACCUAUUCUCUUGAGUUGCCAGAGUUGUAUGGGUCAAGAGUUUGCUACACUAAAGAUGGUUGGCUGUUGCUAUACAGACCCAGAACAAACCGUGUGUUUUUCUUCAAUCCAUUUUCUCGGGAAGUGGUCAAACUGCCAAGAUUUGAAUUGACAUAUCAGAUAGUUGCCUUCUCUUGCGCCCCAACAUCUAACACUUGUGUAGUUUUUACAGUUAGGCACAUCAGUCCCACAAUUGUUGCAAUCACUACUUGUCAUCCAGGGGCAACUGAGUGGGUUACUGUUAAUUAUCAGAAUCGCUUGCCUUUUGUGAGUAGUAUUUGGAACAAGAUUGUUUUCUGCAAUGGAUUCUUUUACUGUCUAAGUCUUACUGGUUGGCUUGGUGUUUUUGACCCACUGGAGCGUACUUGGAAUGUUCUUGCUGUGCCUCCCCCUAAAUGCCCUGAGAAUUUUUUUGCAAAAAAUUGGUGGAAGGGAAAGUUUAUGUCAGAGCAUAAUGGAGACAUUCUAGUUAUUUAUACAUGCUGUAGUGAAAACCCCAUUAUAUUUAAGUUGGAUCAGCCAAAGAUGGUCUGGCGAGAGAUGAAAACCCUUGAUGGUAUGACUCUUUUUGCCAGUUUCUUGUCAUCUCAUUCAAGAACUGACCUCCCUGGAAUGAUGAGAAACAGCGUCUACUUCUCUAAAGUUCGUUUCUUUGGAAAACGCUGCAUAUCUUAUUCACUCCAGGAUUGUAGAUAUUAUCCACGUAAGCAGUGUCAUGACUGGGGGGAGCAAGAUCCUUUUGAGAAUAUCUGGAUCGAACCACCUGAAGACCUCUCAGCCUUCAUUUGA